AUGACAGUCUCGACCGUCGCCGUCUCGCCCGCCGGCACAUCUGGUAUGAGUGUCGUCACAGUCUGUGUCGUAACCAUUGUCACCACUGUGGCUGGGAUCCACAUCGGGUGUGUUACAGACGUCUGUGUGGAGGACCAGACGACGGUGUGUAUUGCCGGUAUGCCUGCGGUUGCGGGAGUCACUGACUCGACAGCGGUUUCGACGGCCGUGACGGCCGGUCCUGGGUUGGGGUGGCCGGUUACGAUGGCCAGGCUGGCCAAGAGCAAGAAGAGGGGGCUGCUAGGUGUGUAA